AUGACAUCCCACGCUUCUCACGCCAGCUCCGGCUCUAACGUCGUCGGAGUCCACUACCGCGUCGGAAAGAAGAUCGGAGAGGGUUCCUUUGGUGUCAUCUUUGAAGGCACCAACCUCCUCAACAGCCAGACCGUCGCCAUCAAGUUUGAGCCGCGCAAGAGCGACGCUCCCCAGCUCCGCGAUGAGUAUCGCACCUACAAGAUCCUCGCUGGCUGCACCGGUAUUCCCCAGGUCUACUACUUCGGACAAGAGGGUCUCCACAACAUUCUCGUCAUCGACCUGCUCGGCCCCUCGCUCGAAGAUCUUUUCGACAUGUGCGGUCGCAAGUUUAGCAUCAAAACCGUCGUCAUGACAGCCAAGCAGAUGAUCACGCGCGUCCAGACCAUCCACGAAAAGAACCUCAUCUACCGCGACAUCAAGCCCGAUAACUUCCUCAUCGGCCGUCCCAUGACCAAAGGAGCCAACAUGGUGCACGUCGUCGACUUUGGUAUGGCCAAGCAGUACCGCGAUCCCAAGACCAAGCAGCACAUCCCGUACCGUGAGCGCAAGUCACUCAGCGGUACCGCGCGAUACAUGUCGAUCAACACCCACUUGGGACGGGAGCAGUCGCGUCGAGACGACCUCGAAGCGCUCGGUCACGUCUUCAUGUACUUCCUCCGCGGCGGUCUGCCAUGGCAAGGUCUCAAAGCGGCGACCAACAAGCAAAAGUACGAAAAGAUUGGCGAGAAGAAGCAGAGCACACCCAUCAAGGAGCUUUGCGAAGGCUUCCCGGAAGAGUUCGGCAUCUACCUCAACUAUGUGCGUAAGCUCGGCUUCGAGGAGACGCCCGACUACGACUUCCUGCGCGAGCUGUUCACCAAAGUGCUCAAGAGCUCGGGCGAGCAGGAGGACGGCGUGUUUGACUGGAUGCUCUUAAACAACGGCAAGGGAUGGGAAGCUGGCACCAGCCGUGAUCGUCGUGAUGACCGUGACCGUCAGCGCGAGACUCGUGCCUCGGCGGCACCGCAAGCAUCAGCAGCGGCUGCACAGCAGCAGGCGGCGUUGGCGCGCAAUGGAUCCAAGGGCGCGCGCAAAUCGGGAGGCGCGGCGCAGCAGCAGCAGCUUUUGCAAAGCGACCGGUCGCAGGCCGCACAACUGCGUGCCAGCCACGGCGAUUUCAAUCAGAACGGGUCCGGGUACGGCGGUGUGGGACACGCAUCCAACGUUGCCGUUCACGAUGCUACCGUGGCGGGCAUUCCUACGCAGAACGGUACGAGGGAACACAGCCAUGUUGGCCACAUGACGCCGACAGCCAUGUCGUCCGGUAACGGACUGGAUGGCCGUCGUGGCGAUACGCGCCAGGCUGUGGGUAUUAGCAACGGAGACGACCAACACCCUGCCGAGCGCAAGACAUUUGGUCAGAAGCUGGUGGACGUGUUGACUUGUCGAUGCGGUUGA